AUUAUUUUCAUCACGAGUUACGCCCCCCGCCAUGUUCGAUGACAUUUUGGUCGGGUUUCAGUACACCCUGCAAGAAUUAUGCAUUCCGAGCAUAAUUUCAUGUAUAUUGGUACACUAAUUGAAUAAGUAUCUGUUUGGAUUUCUAGUAUUUUCAAGGGAAUCUCUUACUUUGAUGAUAUCUAAAUUAUCUAUGUAUUUCCCUAAUUUAUUGCAAGCAACUGCAAGUUUCCUACUAAAGACUCCACUUCUGCGUUGAAGCCAAAAAUGAGAGAAUGCAUGAGCCUACACGUGGGCCAGGCUGGCGUGCAGAUCGGCAACUCGUGCUGGGAGCUGUACUGCCUCGAGCACGGCAUUCAGCCUGAUGGACAGAUGCCUGCAGACGACAGCGUCGGUGUCGCCGACUCUUCCUAUAACGCCUUCUUCAGCGAGACUCAGAACGGGCAGCACGUGCCCAGGGCUGUCAUGGUCGACUUAGAGCCAACUGUUAUAGACGAGAUCCGCACGGGGUUGUACAAGGGCCUCUACAACCCCAUGACACUCUUGACUGGCAAGGAGGACGCGGCCAACAACUUCGCGCGCGGCUACUACACCAUCGGCAAGGAGAAGAUCGACGCCACGCUAGAUGUCAUCAGGAAACUCAGCGAUCAGGCUGACUCCCUACAGGGCUUUUUGGUGUUCCACUCAUUCGGGGGCGGCACAGGAAGCGGCUUCACGUCGCUGUUACUGGACAACCUCAAGCUCGAGUAUGGCAAGAAGAUCAAACUUGAGUUCGCAGUGUACCCGGCACCUCAGGUUUCGACUUCCAUGGUAGAGCCGUACAACUCGGUCCUGACGACUCACUCCUCCAUGGAGAACUGUGACGUGGUCUUCUUGGUUGACAACGAAGCUAUUUACGAUCUUUGCCAUCGCAGCCUCAAGAUAAUUAGGCCUUCCUACACAAACCUAAACAGGCUUAUAAGUCAAAUAGUGAGCUCCAUCACGACUUCCCUCAGGUUUGAUGGUGCCAUCAACGUGGACAUGACAGAGUUCCAAACAAACCUGGUGCCGUAUCCCCGCAUCCACUUCCCGCUGGUCAACUACGCGCCGGUCCUUAGCCCCGAUCAGGCCAAGCACGAACAGAUGUCCACCAACCAGCUGACAAUGUCCUGCUUCGAGCCCUCCAACCAGAUGGUGAAAUGCAACCCUCAAGACGGCAAGUACAUGGCGUGUUGCCUGCUGUACCGCGGCGACAUUGUGCCCAAGGAUGUCAACUCCUCCAUUCAGGCCAUCAAGAACGGCAAGAACGUUCAGUUCGUGGCCUGGUGCCCCACAGGCUUCAAGGUUGGAAUCAACUACCAGCCCCCCACGACCGUGCCGGGCGGUGACCUGGCCAAGAUGAACAGGUCGCUCUGCAUGCUCUCGAACACAACUGCGAUCGCCUCGGCGUGGCGCCGCCUGGACCACAAGUUCGACCUGCUCUACUCGAAGCGCGCGUUCGUGCACUGGUUCGUGGGUGAGGGUAUGGAGGAAGGAGAGUUCGCUGAAGCCAGGGAGGACCUUGCGGCCUUGGAGAAAGAUUACGAGGAGGUGGAAGACGAUGCUGAUUAUUCCGAUCUCGAUGACGAUGAAGGUUAUUGAAGAAUCAAUGGUCAGGAUUUGCAAAUUAGUAUUCGAGUCAGUGGAUGAUGAAGAUAAAUCGAGGAGUUGAGAGAAGCGGUUUGCAUUGCUUUUAUGAUCGUUUUUAGGGUAACAUAUCACAGUAGAAUUAGUGUCAAAUAAUUAUUUAUGUCUAAAUUUUCUAAGGUAAUUAUGUGAUCGUAGGUCAAUGCUCGUUAUGUAGCAAAAAUAUUCCCUACACAGUGGACCCACAGGACGACCGGUUGAUAUAAUCUUGCGGUUGAAUAAAACAGAUAUCACUAAAUAAACGUAAUAUAUAUUUUAAUAAGUGUAUUUCUGCCUACCGCUGUGUGAUGGGCAAUUCAUGACUGAUUAAUUGGAUUCCAUUCAAUUUGAAAAAGAAAAAUUGUAGUUUCAAAGUUACGUUUUCCCAGUUUUCGGCCGUUGCCCAUUGGUAAUUUUGUCAUUCAUAAUUUCCAAGUCUUGAUAUAGUAAUAUAAAUGAAGGCACAAUAUUCCUUACGUUGUCUCUACACGAAUCGCAUAUUAAUCUGUUGAUUUGAGUGAAUUGACUAAAAUAAAUAAAAACUAAUCGAUAUGAAUAUACGGGACGAGGCUUCCUAAUUAAAGAAUCAUCUACACUUCAUUUGAAAAUUGCCACGGUGCCGAUGAAGAUGGAACAUAGAACUUGGUUAUCAAGUAAAUAGCUUAAUUGUGAAAAUGAAUUUAUAUUGAAUAUAGGCGAU